AUGGUGCCUGGCCCCAGCAGCUAUCCAACGUUCUCGCCGUGUCUCACGCCAUCAACCUGCAACCGGCCGUUCCGCGUCAAACUCCUGUCGACAAUUGGCUGCCAGAGCUUCCUUUUUCUAGAAGAAAGAAGCAAUCUUGGCGCUGCCACCCCGUUAACGCUUCUCCCCUACGCCUCUCCAACUUACACUCGUCCACUCGCCAGCAUGGGCCGCAGCCUCAUCGACCGCAUCCAGGCCAAGCUCGAGUUCUUCCGCCUCGAGCAGCACUACACCCGCCGCCGCCACCGCCGCUCAACCUUUGUCUCCAACGCCAUCUACGUCGACGGCGAAUACGUCUACCAGACACCCAACAGCACCGGCUCCUCCUCGGCCGCCGAGUCUGCCUUUGCCCCUCAUCAGACCGACGCCCUCCACGGCGAGCACGUUGGCAGCACCUCAGCCGCCGCCAGCAAGUCGAGCAUGCUCCGCGGCGGCAUGCCCGCCUCCCCCCUCAUGGACCACGGCCAUGACCACGACGCCUCGCCUACCCAGAUGCCCGAACGCAAGCGUCUCAACCGCUUCAGCUCCAUGCCCUCGUUCAACGGCAGCACCACCACGCAGACCUCGGCCAGCGACCGACGACGGAGUGCCGUCCAAUGGCUCGACAAGAAGUGGUGA